CGAGAUUUUCGAAAGUCUUCACCGAGAUAUCGUCAUCCGCCCUUACCUCAAUGUAGGGGCGUAUGCUACGACUCCUCUUCGACUAGCGAGCCGCACAAGAGAAUGAAGCUACAAUGGGGCGAAUCUCUCAGUCCUUACUUGUUGAACAUCCGGAAUCAGGUCGUGGUAUGCAGAUUACAUCCCGUAAACCAAAACCCAGCAAGCAAUCAGCCCACUUCAACCCUCACGGGAUCUGCCUCGAUGGCACGAAGUUUCAUGGAGUUUCCGACGAGCUCAGUCACUACUGACACCUCGUGUACCGGAUCGCGAUCUCCUGCCUGCGCGGACGUCCGGUCGAUGGGACUCCUUUCCCACCAUCGAGCGCCCCCAUAUGGCAUGAAGUUACAAUAGGGUUCAAUAACGUGUCGACACUACCGUUCUCCAUGACCGAUUCACCCGUACCCCGAUUCCACUCCGCAUCAGCGGCACACAACGUCACGACCAAUUCAGUGGCCUUUCCCGAUCCACCAAUUCCCAUGUCUUCAUUCCGCACUAGCGGCCGACAAGGAGAACGUCACGACAAAUCUAUGUUCCCUUCCCGAUCUACCAAUGCUCGUGUCUCCAUUCCGUAUUUAGCGGCCGACGAACGACAAAUCCAUUUUCACUUCCCGAUCCACCAAACCCCAUGCACCCAUUCCGAAGCGGCCCACAGGAAUAACGUCACGACAAAACCAUUGUGCCUUCCCGAUCCACCAGGGCUCAUAUCUCCAUUCCGCAUCAGCGGCUCACACGACCACGAGGAACGCCCACAUUCCUCAUCCACAAUUAAGUGGCCCCCAACUCAUUCCGCAUCAGCGGCUCAUACGAAGAACGCUUAUACAUUCCACAUCCGCAAUCAAAACAGCCCAAACCUUCGAGGGAUUCCCCAACACACCCCUCGUCUCCCGUCCCGUGAAACCAAAGCACGAAGCUACCCUGGAGUCACUGUGAACGCUCACCUCCAAUCGAUACGAUCUUAUCGACGAGGAGGGAAUCUCUAUUCGAGGUUUCCGUCUGCGCGCGAACGUGUACUAUUCAUGUACGCGGGUCGCUUCCUUACCAAAACGCCCAAUCAAACUUGCGGCGAAAUUUGACCUUCUUUGCCGCGCAAACAGCCGGAUUCAGCAGUUUCAUGGACUUUCGCAGCCAAAGCCCCCAGUUCCACCUUCCAAUCUUCUGGAUUCGACGGCACGGAGUUUUCUAUUAAGGAGUCACUCGCUGUCU